CCCCGAGUUUAACCCGGAAGUACAUUAGCGGUCUCCCAAGAGCUCAUGUGCGGAGAAAAUGGCGAGCGGUGGGGUGUCAGUGCCUGCGCUGUGGACUGAAGUGAACCGUUACGGACAGAAUGGCGAUUACACGCGGGCUCUCAAAUCUGUCAAUAAAAUCCUUCAGGAAUGUAAAGACGAUGUCACUGCUCUACAUUGUAAAAUAGUUUGCCUUAUACAGAACGGCAGCUUUAAAGAGGCACUUAAUGUCAUCAACACUCACACAAAGGUCCUUAGCAGUGAUGUCAUCGCUUUUGAGAAGGCAUACUGCGAGUACCGACUGAAUCGUGUCGAAAACGCUUUAAAGACAAUCGAAAGCGCCACCCAGAAGACGGACAAACUGAAGGAACUUUAUGGCCAAGUGUUAUAUAGGUUGGAGCGCUACUCCGAGUGCCAGGCGGUGUACCGGGAUCUCAUCCGUAACUCCCAGGACGAGUAUGAGGAAGAGCGCAAGACCAACUUGUCCGCUGUGGCAGCCGCCCUGAGUACCUGGGAGAAGGCGGUUCCGGAGGACCUUGGGCUGUCGGAGAUCACUUAUGAGCUGUGCUACAACUCUGCCUGCACUCUGAUUGGCCAAGGCCGUCUCCCAGAAGCCAUGAAAAAACUGAGAAAAGCAGAAGAGCUUUGUCGGGUUUCUUUGUCAGAGGAUUCUGACGUGACAGAGGAGGACAUUGACUUGGAGCUGGCCGUCAUCCACUCGCAGAUGGCUUACAUCAUGCAGCUGGAGGGACGCACUGAGGAUGCCCUGCAGCUCUACAAUCAAGUCAUCAAGCUAAAGCCGUCAGACGUGGGAUUACUGGCAGUGACGGCCAAUAACAUCAUCACAAUAAAUAAGGACCAGAACGUGUUUGAUUCCAAGAAGAAGGUGAAGCUGACCAACGCAGAGGGUGUGGAGCACAAACUGGCCAAGACGCAGCUACAAGCAAUCGAGUUUAACAAAGCCUUACUGGCCAUGUACACUAACCAGGCUGACCAGUGUCGAAAGCUGGCUUCCAGCCUCCAGUCACAGAACCCGGGCCACCCGCGGCCGGUGCUGAUCCAAGUGGCCCAGCUGUGUAGAGAGAAGCAGCACUCCAAGGCCAUGGAGCUGCUCCAGCAAUUCUCAGAGAAGCACCCCAAGAGUGCGUCUGGAAUCAAACUGACCAUGGCACAGCUGUACCUGACUCAAGGUCAUGUUACGAAGGCGUGUGACAUUCUGAGGUCAAUAGAAGACUUUAGAUACAAGCCAGGAAUGAUCUCGGCUUUGGUUACGAUGUACAGCCAUGAAGAAGACAUCGACAGUGCUAUUGACGUCUUAAGCCAAGCUAUUCAGCACUACCAGAGAGAACAGCCAGGCUCAUCUGCUCACUUGUCUCUAGUCCGCGAAGCUGCUAAUUUCAAGCUGAAGUACGGAAGGAAGAAAGAAGCCAUUAGCGACCUGGAGCAGCUGUGGAAACAGAACAAAAAAGACAUCCACAACUUGGCUCAGCUUAUCUCUGCCUAUUCUUUGGUUGAUCAAGAAAAGGCAAAAUCUCUGAGCAAGCACCUUCCAUCCCCCGACACCAUGUCGUUCAAAGUCGACGUGGACGAGCUGGAGAACUCGCACGGGGCCACGUACGUCAGAAAGAAGCCGGCCAAAGUGACGGGUGAAAAUGUAGCCAAGGAGGAGGGGCAAGAAGGGGUUAAGAAAAAGAGGAAGAAGAAGAAAGGCAAGCUCCCAAAGAAUUACGACCCCAAAGUGACCCCAGACCCAGAAAGGUGGCUUCCCAUGCGGGAGCGCUCCUACUACCGUGGCAGGAAGAAGGGAAAGAAGAAGGAGCAAGUGGGCAAGGGCACGCAGGGCACGACGUCUGGGGCCACGGCUGAGCUGGAUGCCAGUAAGAUGGCCAGCAGCCCGCCCACAUCACCCCGGCCAGGUACUGCAGCCCCCUCCAGCACGGCGGUACCACCACGUCAACAGAAGCCAGCAGCGUCAGGGGCCACUCGGAAAAAGGCCCCGCAGAAGAAGAAAAAGGGGGGCAAAGGAGGGUGGUAACAUUCAAGAAACACCCCCCCCCCCAUCACAACAAUGGAAGUCUUGUCAGUCGAAGUCUUCAUGAUUUUUAGGUCCUUCCCCACAGCGAACAUCUCAGAGUAAUUGUCGCAUCCUUACGGGUGUUGGUUGCUGUUUCAGGAGCAAAUUUAUAUUAUUAGACAGAGAUCCAAAGCUAUAAUUGCAAGAUCUGAGUAUUUUUGUCAAAUAAACACAUUGCCACGGGAUCAUCAUACUGUAUGUACCAAACUGCAAACCUUCAUCUUGCAAUUUCAUCUGAAUGGUCUACGUGUCAUUUUUCUCAAGCGCAUGCUUGUUCAUUCUCAUGAAUUACAAUUUUGUUCACCUUUUUUUUUUUUUUUUUUUUAAAUGAGAAAAUGUCGAUAAAAUUAGAUUUUUAUUUUUGAUUUCGGCAUCAAGGUCCUACGUUAUAAUUUUAGGAAUGCGAAGACCUUAUUCUGUUAGGGCCGGAAAAGUGUGGAUUGUAUGCAGUUUGUCUGGAGAACAUUAAAUGAAAAGGUAGAGGAGUAGUGCUGCGUGAAACUUUUUCAGCAAACUUAAUAAAAUGAGUUGGUUGACACGUCAA